AUGCGACUGACCAGCAAAGAUGUAGAUCCCACUUGUAAUGAAACACUUGUUACUGGUAAUUUUGAAGGGUUGGUAUUUUGAUACUUAUCCUCACUACUGUUUGACUUGACCCAGAAGUCAUAAAGAGUGGUCUUUUUUCCUAAGACAUCACACAUUUAAACAUCAGCUGCCUUUAAUCACCCGUGUCAGACCCAUAUCGCUUGUACCAAUCUAUGGGAUGCCAUCAGUUUCAAUCCCAAAGGGGGGGGCGGGUACUCUAGAUUUCAAGUGACAGGGAUGAUUGAAAGAUUUUUUUGGGGCUAAAAUUUUCGAUUUCGCGAUUAUUUUGGGUAGGAAAAUUUUGGCAAGUAUUUUUUUGGGGUAGCUUGAUUUAAGUAGGGAUUUUUUGGGGUAUUGAAACCUAAUGUUUAUAUUGUUCAUGUUACAUCAGUGAAUGCUUUCUGGAAAUUUUUAUUGCUCAGAAAUUCAGCAUGGGAUUUCGGGGGUUAAAUUUUGUUCCAGGGACUUUUUAGGGUUUUGAUUUGUCCCCCCAUUCGACCAUCCCUGUCACUUGAAAUCCAAAUUCCCCCCCCCCCCCCCCCCCCCCUGGGGGUUCACUGCCCCUUGGAGGCCCCAAUGAAACACACUGUUUUCCCCCUUUUUUUUUUCCCCCCAAAAAUUUCUUUUUUUACCCGUACUUUUGUUUUCCUAUUUACAAUAAAAUUUUUUUUUUUUUGUUUUUGUAUAUAAUAAAGUUUUUGUGUUGUUUGUUUUGUUGUGCGUAUGUUCAUCAGAUGAUGUUUUGUGGAAAUUUUUUUUUCCCAAAAAAUUAGCAGGGGGUUUCGGGGGUUUAAUUUUUUUCCCGGGGCUUUUUAAGGUUUUUGUUUUGCCCCCCAUUUCACCCCCCCUUUCCCUUGAAAACCAAAUUCCCCCCCCCCCCCCCACCUGCCUGGGGUUUCAAUGGCCAUUGUAGGCCACAAUGAAAACUACUGAUUUACCACUUAUUGUGUUACCCCUAAAAAGUUCUUUUUUUAGACGUCAUUGAGUUGUCAUAUUUACAAUCAAAUAUUUCUUUGCUUGUGUUAGGAUAACAAAAAAGAUUGCCUUGGAUUGUGAGAUGGUAGGAGUUGGGCUUGAUGGAAAGCAGCACAUGCUGGCAAGAGUAUCUAUUGUCAACUCACAUGGUCAUGUUGUUUAUGACUCAUUUGUGGCACCACAGGAAAAAGUCAUGGAUUACAGAACUCCCAUUAGUGGUGUUAAACCAUCGGAUUUAAAAAAUGGCAAGUUGCAGGACUUCAUUGCUUUUUAAUUUCCUUAGCCAGUUGCCAUUAAAAAAGAGUAAUUCAGUUAUUAUCAGCAAUUUUAUCGAUCAGUUGAUCAGUUAUGUGCCAGACAGUAACUAGAGUUGUCAGUCCAUCUGUCAGUUAACUAGUCAGUUUACAUGUAGUUAAUCAGUCAACAACAUUAGUCUGUUUGUCAGUCAGUCAGUCAGUCAGUCAGUCAGUAAUUCUUUCAGUUAUUUCUGAAUUGUCAUUUAGUCAGCCAGUUAAGAAUCCAUCAAUAUUGUGAUCAGUGAUUGUUGUGAGUCCCUCAUUCAGUUGCCUUUUAUUUCUGCUCCAAUCUGUCAGUUACAAGAGUCACUUGUUUUAACUUUCUCAAAAAGUAAAUCGCAUAGUCAGACUUGAUUUAAUAAUAAUAGUUGAGCCUCCCUUAAGAACCAUCCAAAAUGUGAUGAUUUAGUGGCUCGCAUACAAGAAUCAAACUUCAGAGUGUUUUUUCCAAGAGCAGGUCUAGAUAUAUUGACUAUUUUUUUGCAGAGACUUUAUUGCACUUUCAAAGUUGAGUAUACAUGUAGUUCCAUGUUGUCAUGGAAAGUUAUUUGUAUACUGUGAGUGGCGUAGUAUACACAGCAGAACUAAGAGACCGCAUCACACCUGAGUCAUUGAAUUUAGCAGGCCUAAACACAUUUUUGAUUCAGCUCAUGUGAAGUACAGCAUCUGAGCCUUAUUCAUUCAUUAUCAUUAAGUCUAAAUUCUGUCACUGUUUAGUUGGUAAGUUACCAGCCAUUCAAACAUUCACCUGUGAGUUUAGAUACCUUUUUCGGCUUUCUUGUUUUGUGUGUCAAGUAAAGUGCUCAAAAGGCUCAAAGGCGUGUGCUCUAGUAGCUUAUCUGGACAUGGUUUUCUCAAAAAUACUUCUUCAUAAUUUUCUUUCCAGCCCCAGAUUUCAAGACAAUUCAACUGGAAGUUUCAAAACUUCUCAGAGGAAGAAUCCUUGUUGGGCACGCUCUGAAAAAUGAUUUAGCGGUGUGUUUAUAUGAUUCCAUUGUGUUGUAAAGACUCUGUAAAUUUGUAACAUAGCUUCCCUCCAACGUAUUUAGUUAUUAUGUUUUUAUAUUUUUGCUGUUUUACGUCAAUUCUGUGCUGAAGUCAUUACUUUUAGUGCCUUUGACCAAACACAAAAUGCUCCUGUAGAUUUAUGAAGAAGAUAUUGAACAAAUUUUAUCAGGGAGCAUCGACCAUCAUAAUUUUUGAUGAUUUUUACAGGCACGGCGUUUUAUAUUUAAAAAAUAAGGCCCGAUUUUGUCAACUUUCAAUCCUUUUCCAUCCUUGCCAUCCACUGCAACAAACAACAGGAAACAGUUUCAUGCCUAAAUACAGUCUUUAGUAAAUAACAAAUGUGAAGAUACGUCAUUGUAGCUUUUUAUAGCUUUUAAAGGGUAUCAAAUAACGUGAUGCAGCCCUUAUAAGGCAAAGGUGUAGUGGAGUAAUGAUAAUGUUUUAUUCUGCAGGUAUUGUUCCUUGAUCAUCCACGAAAAAAUAUCCGAGAUACUGCUAAGUACAAGCCUUUUCAAGAAAGAGUCAAGGUGGGUAUUAAUUCAGUUUGUUUGUAAAGGUGAAGUUGUACAUAUGAGUCCUUGAUUUCAUGGUAAUCGGCCAGUAUUAGAACCAUAAGUAACACGUAAGAGCAGUAGCCGGAGAUGGGAGUGGAUGCGGCUUGUCUUAUCUAGAGAUCACAACCUUUGCGUGACAAGAAAAUCGAGCUAAGUUGGCCUCCACCAAGGGAAAGCAGCUGAGACAGGCCGAAGGAUAUGUGUCGUAGGAUGGCAGAAAAAAAGAGGAUUAAAUUUGGGUGGAGGAGUCGGGCUGAUAUUCAGUGAGCCAUGCAAGAGAAGGCAUGAAUGGAGAGCCUUUAUUCGUGCCCUAUCAGGGGCACCCAACGUCAGUUUUCGGAAAAUAUCUGUUCGGAAGACGAUUUCAGAUCUACAAUUUUCGGAACACUUGUUGUAAAAAUUUCUUGCUUGCCUGUCUCUCCUAUGAUUUUCGAACACCAAAAAUUGGUAUAAUUGCCCAUUUUUAACGUAUUUUUACCCUAAAAAGUUUUUUCUGACUGAAAUUUUCGAAUGAAAAGGUCAGUUUUGAUCGCUAAAAUUUUACGGAUCACUGGUCUUUCAGCUAGUAAAUCUAAACAGAUGAAAAAUUUUUAGGGGAUGUGCCUAUAUCUACCGUCUAAAUACCAAAAUACGUUUAACAAUGCUAUUCUUAAGUGGUUUUGAGCUAUAUUCUCGUGGGGUCCCCUGCCCUAUGCACCGGUGGGUGACUAAGAAAUGCCAAUAACUAGUCACUUUAGAGUGGUUUUCGUUUGAGUGUCGUAAAACCAAAACCAAAGUAAUUACUCUGGCCAAUCACAUAGGACACAGACAAUACAUUGAACCAAUCAAAACUCGAAGUAAUUACAUGUGGCUGACGCAAAGCGCGGGAAAAUGCAUGCGAGCGCGUCACAAUUGGCUUUGGUUUUACUUCUGAUUGGAUGAAAAGGUGGCGCGAAUCUUUUAAGCCAAUCGCAUCGUGUAGAAAGUGCAAAACCAAUUACUUUUCGACACUCAAAUGAAAACCGCUCUAAGAAGUUAGAGCGGUUUUCACUUGACUGUCGUAAAACCAAAACCAAAGUAAAUACACUAGCUAACCAAAGGGCGUAGUAAAACCAAAACCAAAACCAAAACCAAUCCCUUUUCGACAGUCAAGUGAAAACCGCUCUAUGUUUGUUAGCAAAGCAAAAGGUCCAAAAGUCUUUUAAAUAUUUACCAAAUCACGGCCACAUACAUGUGUAAUACACAGAGAGCUAUCAUUCAUGAGCUUUGUAAAUCAUACAGUCAAACAAAACUGAGAUGGCAAAGUUUUUGAAAUUUAUGGGAAUGAAAUCCGGUUUAAUCUCAUUCAAUUCUGCCCGCAAUGCAUUUCCCCUUCUCCCUUACCCCCCCUGGCCACUACGUGUAAAGAGUAACCCGACUGAGCGAAUUCUAGAUGCUCCCGUCCACCACACUGCAAUCUAGAGUUAAAUCUUUACAUAAAAAUGUCAGAAGUGAGGUAACCUCCAAUUUCACUGUAAAAUCAAGAGAGAAUUAUCUCCCUGUACUUUCGCCUGGUCGGUGAUCGCCGGCGAGCGGGAUAGGCCGCCUGUUCAAACCACGGCCGGACAAUUAACCGGGAAGUACUGAGGAAAUAGUGCUACCUUUGUAAUAACACCUGCAAAAUGGUUAGACUUUCUUGUCUUCUUGGACAAGGACCCAAAAAACUAUAGGCCCCUUGUCACAACCCUUGCCUAUCUAAAAAGUAUGUGGGGCGUUAAAGAACCUAAACACUAUUUGUAGAUUAGGCUCUAUUACUGAUUUCCGGCCGCUUUAAGGGAAAUGAGCUUGCGUUCCUCUUGCCAAAAAGACGGCUGGACGCGUGGGUUUACUAUUGUAGAUUUCCACCAAUGAGAUUGUUGCCUGCCCAAAUCGAGCAGGGGAGGAACCAGACCGGACGAGAGAGCGGCGAAAAUUGAGCCUCUUCGUAGAGAGAAGUGGGAUCUAUUCCAUUGUGUGGUGGCAACAUUCAUAACUAAAUACUUCAUAAAGGCAAAAUUACCCAAACCAUUGUUGUAAAUCAUGUUAUCCCUGAAAGCCCUGGGGGAGUGAAUAAUAACUAAAGAUAUUUAAAUUUUACGAUUGUAAGUCAUCGAUUGGUUGUCAUUUGUAUUCACGGUGAUCUCGUGAGCAUCAGAUUAGCCUGUCAACAGGCUCUCUAUUGGGGGAGAGGGCUACAAGAAGGUGCGUAAGCGGUGCAGACGUUCCCUUCUUUCCGCACCUCGCUCCCUGGGUUGCCUGUUCAGAAGCUGGCAUCAAACGCAUACUGAUAAAUCACCCAUUCAUUUUUUUUAUAACAUAUAGAGUAAGAAGCCUGCGUUACGAACUUUGGCAAAGCAACUACUGAACGUAACCAUUCAAGAGGGAGAGCAUUCUUCAGUAAGUGCGCCUCUUAGCUUAAAUCAACAAUGGAAGUCAGAAGUAUUGAGAAACCGGGCUAAACGUGAUAUUAGUAAAAUGGGCUACUUUCCCCACCCUCUUCCCCCACCCCCCUUCACAAAAACAAAGAAAAGCAAUGUUACAUUGCGUGCAAGACGGUGCAGACAGAUAAGUUAUUCUGGAGACAUUUCCGUGGGAGGUGGGGGAUCAAAAUUAGGAGUAGAGCCGUGAGUAAUAAUAACUUGGGAGGGUUUUCUUAACUGUUGCAUGUUCCCCCCCCCCCCCCCCCAUUUUAACUUUGUGGAAAGACGGUGCCAAAAAAAAAGUUUUUCUGGGGACAUUUCCGGGGGGGGGGGGGGAACAAAAUUAGGGGAAAGGGCGGAGGUAAAAAAAACUUGGGGGGGUUUUUUUAUCUUUUGCAUUUCCCCCCCCCCCCCCCUUUGACGGGUUAUUCUUUGAAGACGAUUCUUAUAAAUCCGACAGAGCACAUAUUCGUCCAUCCAUCAUAUAUAACCUGUCCGAGACAAAAAAUCCUUCGUUCAGCUAGACUGCGAGCAAUCUCGUAUUUUUCUUUGCAAAGUUACUCCACGAGUAACCAAUGCACGUGAGCCACAAUAAACGAGGACGUAAGUCCUAACCCCUUAUUGUGACGUCGUUAUUUGCAGUCGCGCUGCUGGCCGCUGGCUGGGAUAAGAACCGGACGGAUUUUAAGAGAAAAGGCGGACUGCAAGUAGUCUAUCGUGCGUUCUGCACGUCUUCAAGACUUCUGACAGCAACUCAAAUAUGAAUACGAAAAUUUGACCCGUAAUUCAUCAAAAAACCCAUUCACCUACAUAUCUAGACUGAGGAUGGAUAAAAUCGUCAUAACCUAAUAAUCUGUUCGCAGUAAUAAUUUGGUAAAUAGGGAGCCUAAACAACCACGUUUUUGAUCAACGAACGUCAACCGGAAGUGGACAUUUCGCAUUCUUGGGCAAUAGUUUUGUCUAAAUUUUCAAGCAAAUAGUUUCUAUAAGAGAAAAGACACUUCGCAAUUUUGGUAGCGUUAAGGCAUAUCAAAAUAAUAGAGGUCUUACUUCUAGUCAGUGAUGUUCGACGCUCAAAACUCCCUUAACAAUUGUGCUAGUGUCUGCACAGGCGACCCAAAUGUGGUGUCUGUUGCCAGUCGCAACACCCCGAAAAGGGCCGUAUUUUCUUUGUGUUUGACUACAAAGUGUUUUUAUUGACAGGUACAAGAUGCACAAGUGGCAAUGAAGCUUUACACGCUGCACAGAAAUCAGUGGGAAAGGCAGCUAAAAGAACUCAAAUUCAAACACUUAAAGAACGAAAAAUCACAGAAAAAACUGGUUUCAAGGCAGAUUAGAUAGCAGUGUCCACGAAAAAAUGUUAACCUGGACUAUAACAGAUGACCUUGCAUGGGUUAUUAUCUAAAGAUACUGGUGGUUCACAAGUAUUAGAAUAACUAUAUUUAUGAAUUAGAC